CAACAAUUGGGUCAACUGGUUUCGUCAUCGUAUUGGGUCAGUGCAACCCAAAACCUAUAAAUAGUCUUGACGGGUAGUUGGGUCAGUCACUGGUUGACCCAAUGCCAACCCACUUGCAUCGUUAGACACAGCUGUUGGCUGUUGCCGUGCUACCUUCUCUGUUGACGCCAAUGGACACAGAAGCUUCUUCGCGAACGUUUCUGACCGUCCAAACCACUGUCUAUUUUUGAAACCUUGCAUGCCCAUUUGGAGCGGACACGGCCCGCGCGCGCCUCCGCAUCUUCCUCCCUCCGCCUCCCUGCGCGUCCGUGUCGGUUAACCCCCUCCUCGCGCCCUCCGGGCCCAUCGCCACACCUUCCUCCGCUUCUCCCUCCCUUGCUUUCUCUUCCACGGACGGGCACGCCGGAGGAGGAGGAGAAGGGCCGUCGAUCCAAUCGGGAGGAGGCGUGGCCAGAUCGAGAUGGGUCUCCGCAGGGGCGUCGCGCUGCGCGCGGCCGUGCUCGCCGCCGUCCUCGGCUUCGCGGCCGCCGGGUUCAUCUCGAGUGACGCGCUGCUGGAGCACGGGCGCGACGCCACCGGCCGGAGCCUGCUGCAGGCAAAGAAAGAUUGCCCGGUGAGCUUCGAGGGCGCCAACUACACGAUCAUCACGAGCCGGUGCAAGGGCCCGCUGUACCAGCCGGCGCUGUGCUGCGGGGCGCUCAAGGACUUCGCGUGCCCCUACUCCACCUACAUCAACGACGUCACCACCACCUGCGCCGCCACCAUGUUCAGCUACAUCAACCUCUACGGCAAGUACCCGCCGGGCCUCUUCGCCAACACCUGCCACGAGGGCGACAAGGGCCUUUCGUGCCCCGAGGACACCCCGCAGGUGCAGCCCGGCCAGAAGCCCUCCGGUGCGGCGGCCGCCGUCGCCGGCGCCGCGCCGGCGGCGGCUGCAGCCCUGGCGGCCGCGCUGGCCGUGUCGUUGUUGGUGUCCUGCUGAGACCCAGGGUGGCGGCUGUGGGCAUCAGGGCAGGGAGCCUGUGACCGUGUGUAACCGACCGUGUUCCUGACCGCUUGCUGGUGCAGCAUGAAUGGUUUUGCAGUUUAUAUGCCUGCAUGAUGUGUACUUGAAUUCUGAAAAUGGACGCGCUGGUAUCAGGAUUUGUUGAAAUGUAGAGCACGCGCUGUUGUCAAGGGUGAA